AUGAAUGACUGUCAAAAUUUGGCCGUUUCGAUGUUUUUUCAGCCCGAUUGGCUUGAAUGUCUUUUAGAAGAUUGUGAACGCGAAGCCAUAGAUUAUCAAAACGUGAAGCUCCUAAAGCUAGAAGGCCGCUCCGCCAUAUGGAAUGUGUGCAUGAUGCUUGACUGCCUGUCGCACGGAGUGCCGGGUCAAGCAUGUCAUCUUUUCGAGCGUUAUUUGUAUAGGCUCCUAAAUAACCAAGGAAACCUUAGCGAUCCUCAGUCACGAGUAGCAAUAAUAGAGAACAUUAUGCCACGGUUUCUUCUUAUGAUAACUUGCUGCGUGCAGCUCUCUGCUAAGAUGAGCUCCGCAGACACACACAACCACGCUUCGUUAUUAAAGAUGGCUUUGUUGGCUAAGGGUGUAUUAUAUUCAACUGAAGAAAUAAUUGCAACUGAAGAAGAAAUCUUCAAAAUGCUAGAUUUCCGUAUACCACUAUGGACAAGUGUAGAUAUGGGUGAGUUAUUGGCGACGGAACUAAAACUCCCGUCACACAUAAUCAAGGCCGUAGCUCGGAUUGUGGAUUUAUCUGAGUAUUACCGAGAAGACAUUGAAAAAAAAGUCGUCUGGGCCGCUAACUUGUCGUCUACCUAUCAAAAUAUAACUAGUAUUCGGUCGCUGCACCUCUCUGCGGGCUCGGUGGCCGCGGCCGUGCGCCUCUCCCCGCUCCGCCCGGACGUCGCACCCGCCCUUGCUCGCUUGCUACGAAUACCGCAAGCCUACGUCGAGUGCCUCCGUGACGUCAUUUUAAAACAAAUGACCAGCCACCGCACUACGCCGACGAUAUUGAAAAGGAAAAAGUCAGCCUCGAGUUAA